AUUCUUUUUCGACGUCAAAAUCAACUUCUCCUAGUCGUGACCACACCUGAUAUCCGAUUAUUCCCCCAGACAUCGACCCUUGGAGCCUCUUCUUCCUACGCCACGGUGAUAUCCUACCUAUACCCUCGACUCCAGUCUUUCAUCCAUAAUGUCGUCCGGGGAAUCUGGUCGCACAGAAUCGGCCAGCAAGACUUUCUAUGCUAGCUCCGACGAUACGAAAAUAUGUGUUGUUAUGGUUGGAUUACCCGCCCGAGGCAAGAGUCUCAUUGCGGGAAAAGCUUUGCGAUACCUCGCCUGGGUCGGAAUCUCCGCGCGCAUAUUUAAUGUAGGAACAUACCGUCGAAAACUGUCGCCUCAUCCUUUAGCCAACUUUUUCGAUCCACAUAACCCGGAAGGCGAGAAAAUGAGAUGGGCUGCAGCUGAGGCUGCUGUGUCGGAUAUGCUGAAAUGGUUUAAAGAAUCCAAUGGUGUCGUUGGCAUUUUUGACGCCACCAACUCUACAAAACAGAGACGGGCUUGGAUUCAUAAGACUUGCACUGAGGCGGGAAUUGAGACCCUUUUCGUGGAGUCGUCGUGCGACGACGAGGAGAUUAUAAUGCAUAAUAUACUCGAGGUCAAGACGACAUCACCCGACUAUAAAGGACAAGAUCCAGAGGUAGCGGCCCAGGACUUUCGAAAUCGCAUCCGCAAUUACGAGAAGGUUUAUGAAACCAUUGACGAUGACGAAAAAUCCUACACCUACGUUAAGCUGAUAAACGUAGGAUCUACGGUUAUUAUAAAUCAGAUCAAAGAUUACUUGUCAAGUAGACUUGUCUACUACAUUCAAAAUCUCCAUAUCAAACCUCGGUCUAUUUGGCUAUCUAGGCAUGGCGAGUCGGAAUUCAAUUUGACUGGAAAGAUCGGCGGUGAUUCUGAUAUCUCUACACGCGGAGAAGCAUAUGCACGCGCACUUCCUGGCCUAUUGAAGCAAUCCGGCGUUCCUCCUGGUGCCAAACUCACUAUAUGGACAUCAACACUGAAACGUACAAUACAAACGGCACGUCAUUUGGCUGCAGAGACAGGAUAUGAUAAGCUCGAAUGGAAAGCUCUGGAUGAACUGGAUUCUGGUGUUUGCGACGGAUUGACAUACGAAGAGAUUGCUGAGAAAUACCCCGAAGACUUUGCCGCACGAGACGAAGAUAAAUAUAACUACCGUUACCGUGGUGGAGAGUCAUACCGUGACGUCGUCAUACGAUUAGAGCCUAUUAUCAUGGAGCUGGAACGCAGUGACAACAUUAUAAUUGUCACCCACCAAGCAGUCCUGAGAUGCAUUUAUUCCUACUUCCAUAAUAUGUCCCAAGAGCAGAGUCCGUGGAUGGAGGUCCCGCUCCACACAUUGAUCAAACUGACUCCCAGGGCAUAUGGAACAGAGGAGCAGCGCUUCAAAGCCAAUAUUCCAGCGGUAUCCACGUGGCGGGGCAAGGGCUCCUCGGCCAAACAUCAAGACCCAGUUGAUGGCACUCAGCCAAACCAUUGAUCUAUCCGAAUGAUAGGUUUAAGACUCGAUCUUCCCCUGUGCAUGCUAUAUAGCCGACUUGAUCUCAACUCUAUUCUUGUUUAUUUCCUCUCCCACAGAAAUAUUUGCUUAGUGCCAGCAAUGGUCACCUUCUUGCUGAGCUGGAUCUCAAAAUGGCAUGGCGUGGCGUUGGAUUUGGACUGUACAUACGAGUUGCAUACAUCAGAUGUACUGAAGCUUUCUUCUGUAUUGUCAAUAUGGCGAAUCAACAUGUUUAGGUCUGUGCUACUACUUUUCCCGGAAGGUGAAUACACAGGUAUACUAGUAUAGUCAGAUUGCCUCUUAUUAGGCGAGAAUAAUAUAUGACGGAUCAAUAUUUGC